AUGCCUGACGAACGGGCCUGUGAUGGGGGCGGGGGAGGUGGAGGCGGCCCUCAGCAGAACAGGAAGUCCGAGAAAGUUUGCACCACAAUUGGCUCAUUGUGGUUUCAGGUUUUAUAUGAUUACGAAGGGAUCGGCGAAGACGAGCUCACCCUGAAACGGGGUGAGAAAAUUCUGGUUCUUAGUGAGGAUACGCAAAUUUCCGGCGAUGAUGGUUGGUGGAUUGGUCAAAUCGACAAGAAGAUCGGAAUUUUCCCCCAAAACUUCGUGGACGUCGCCAAUGAGAGCGGAGAUGCCCCCAGCAACGAAGACGACGAGGACACGUCUGAGAGUAACAGCGGUCCCCCUGAAAUUCGUUUCGAGGACGUCGUCCGAGGCACCGCGAUCGGUAGCGGAGGUUUCGGGAGGGUCUACGCCGGGACGUACAAGGGUCAAUCUGUGGCCAUAAAAGCGCUCGACGCUAAGGAUCCCGUUGCCACGUGCGAUGCCCUCAAGAAAGAAGGCAGUUUUUUCUGGCAACUGAACCAUGAGAACAUUGUUCACCUUUUCGGUGAGUAUCGCCCAAACUCGACAUCUUGAUGGAUUCCGGUUGCCGGAAGAAGGCAAAUCCGUCUCUGCAACAACCCGCCAAGCUAUUGGUUGAUCAUGGAGUACUGCUUGGGCGGCGCCCUCUACAAGGUUCUGGUGAACCAUCACAUCAGUCUCGUGACCCUCCUCGAUUGGGCGAAGCAAAUCGCCGAGGGAAUGAAGUAUAUCCAUUCGAAGAAUAUAAUCCAUCGAGACCUCAAGUCUACGAAUGUUCUGCUCGCCACACCUUACGACCCGGAGACAGGUCAAGCUGUGACUCUGAAGAUCACUGACUUCGGCUUGGCUCGCACAAGCUUGCAGUCGACGAUAACGAGCCGGGGCGGCACUUGCGGGUGGAUGGCUCCGGAGAACAUCAAACAGAACAAGUAUAGCUCCCGAUCGGAUGUGUGGAGCUACGGAGUUGUUCUGUGGGAACUCCUCACCAGUGAGACUCCGUAUAAAGAAUUCAACGACAUGGCCAUCGCCUACGGGAUAGGCACGGGCUCCUUGAAGUUGCAUAUUCCCGAAACUUGUCCCCAUGCAUUCAGAGAUUUAAUGAAAGCGUGUUGGGAGAUCGACCCCCACAAACGGCCCUCCUUCAUCGAAAUCCUCGAUCGUCUCCAAGAGAUUUCAAAGUCGUCCAUAAUGGCGACCCCACAAGAUUCAUUCCAAACGAUGCAAUGUAACUGGAAGAAAGAGAUUGAAGAAGCAGCAGCGCGAGUUCUCGAGAAAGAGAAAGAGAUCGGAAGCCGCUUGGAGGAAGUCAAACGACGCGAAGACGCGGUGCAUUCUUUCUGGAAAAAACUCGAGGAGAGAGACCGUGACCUCACUCAGCGCGAGCUCAACCAGGCGCGUCUCAAAGAAUGCGCUCCGCUACCGAAGAAACGCAACGGGAAAUUCAAGCGACGCAACGUUGAAAUUACACCGCCGACUGACUUCAAACACAUUCUUUCGUGGAACAGCCAGACCGUUCUGGGCCAGCCCUUAGCCUAUCCUGUUUCACCGAACGUCGGUCGCUUCAAUCGACCCAGAGCGUGCUCGGCCACCAACCACUUGACGAGCACGUUGACGAAUUCUCCCACGCUCGGAAGAUCCCCCCAUCUCGCCUUUUCCGGUCUCCAUAACGAGUCCCUGGACAGCAACCUGGGAUUCGUGACGUCUAGUUGUACUUCGCGGCCUCAGGGCUCACCCAUCAUAACGAGAGCAGCCCUCCCGAUUCAUACGAGUCAAGUCAGUGCUUGCACAACUCCGACACUCAAUGGAUGCCAGAAAGGACAGACGUGGGGACCUUCAACGCUUGCGCAACAAACUCACUUGCUAGUGCCCGGGAGCGCAGGAAUCGUGGAACACGACGAUUCUUGGAAUCAGUGUUGGCCUAGCUCGACGGUCCGCGAUCAGGACGUGAAUCUGAUCGUGAACCCUGGUGCAUACCCGCAUGGCGAUCAAUCGAUCAGCAUCGAGGGAUCUCCUGCGUUGACUCCCACAAAGGAGAAAGACAGUAGGAGGAAGAACAUGUUCGUUGCUGUGAAGCAGCACUGCAAGUCCCUACUGUCGACGAUCGGAAUCGGUAGAGACAGACAGAGCGUCUCUCUGAAGAACCAUUCAAGAAGCUUUAAUGAACUGGGCAGCGGCGAGCACAUGGUUGAUGGAGAUCAGAGUUACAUAUCGGCGCCGCGAAGUUUAGAUGAUUCGCCCCUAAAAGGAAGGGGCCAGUAUAGCCACAACACCUAUCAUGGUCAAAUGACUCAGCGAAAUUCGGCGACCCGUCCUUCGCUUAUCGGUACAGGCCAGCCGUUGUGGGGUCAAAUUAACUUCGGGGGCCAACAGAGUCCUGUGACGUAUCGGAGACGAAGCUCAACAACGUCUCACGAUUCGGACCAGGCUUACAAUUCAGCGAGCUCGGGUUUCGGACCGUCGCCACUCGGUAACGCGACGGUGUCGACGCCUCUGCAGACGAGCGACUAUCCCUUCACUCCAUCGUCGGCUGAACUGACCUCAGCCGAGACGUUGUGUAACCCGCAUGCUUCAGCAGCAGCAGGAGCAUCGCCAUCUCCGUAUGAACUUCCCCCGCGACCAUCUUACUCCAUCCCAGUGAGUUCUCCGGCUUCCUCGCAUGGCUCUUCGGUGUUCGACAACCCGACUGCUGUGCCCAGGUCACCUCCGCGACCACCGCAGUUUUUCGCGAGGAACAUGAGCACUCCGAACGCGAACGCGUACAAAGUCCACGGCUCACCGUUCAUGAUGCGGAAACUGUCUUAUCCUGAAACUCAUUCACGACCCUCAACGCUCAAUCUUCAGCCGAAACACUUCCAGCCGAACGAAGGCAGAUAUACCCCCGACAGAACGCCACCAGAAAUGAUGGAUCCAAGGUUCCCGAGCAUGGCUGGCUCGCGACAACCUUUGAGCUUGCAUCACGACUUCUCCACCCCUAAUCAGCAGUACGAGUGGUGCGGAAGCUCAGGUGCGCCGUCACCGGCUCCGCCGACUCCGCCUGAUAGCAAUCCUCCUGAUCAGAGGAAGCCGACGGUCGCUGAACUAGAACAAGAAUUCAGCUUUCGAAUUUAGAAAACCAUAGAUUCAAGUACUUAAUGUGUCAAAACAAAUGUACAUAUUGCCAGUCGCGACAAAUGACUUAUCUUGGCGGUUCGCGGAACGAGGAACGCCUUUCACGGCUCAGAGGACAUUCGAGACGGAGCUCCUCGAACCACUUCGAUCACUAGUCAGAAACCCAGUGCCUCAAAAUGACGUU